AGUACUUUACCAUUUCCUAAAAUUAUGUUUUGAGGAAUUUUUUUUAAAUUACAUGCACUUUUUACCUGUCCUUUUUCUCUACUUUGGCUUUUGCUUUCUUGUGUCAAGUUUUUCCCGUCGAAUCUGCUUUCUAAUCCAGGAUGCUACUCAUGUGGAUUACAGUUAAACAAAUCCUUCAGGAUGUUGGUUUUCUUGCUGUGGAUGUUUUCACCACUGGUAAAAGGGAUGGUUUAGGAAGAACUGUUGUCCUUCUUUUCACCUGUAGCUUCUUUAGCCUCCUGCUAAGCUCCCUGCUGCUCCUGUACCUCCUCUUCACCCUGGACUAUGACCUUGCAGUGGCUGGAGGGAUUGCUGGCUGCUUUGGGACAAUACUGACUGUUGCCCUCUUCCUGUCCAAGAGAAUAAGGUGUUUGGGGACUCUGUUUGUCAUAUCAGUUUUCAUGAAGAAGAGUCGGAACCUGCUUCUGACUGCUGGGACGAGUAUAGUGGUUCUUAAGAAUAUCCGCAACACUCUAGAAAACCUCACCCGCCUGGUCGGGAGUAUGAUUUGCAACCUGCAGGCAAAGAAAGCAGCUAUCACUGCUCCAUUCAGUAACUAUGUCAAGAUGCUGAAGUGGAUCGGAAACAUGCUCAAAGGGGUCACAGACUUGGGAGUGGUGAACCUCGACUCCCACCUUAAGGUUUCGCCCAGACUGGAAUCGGAAAAAUUCAGCUGGAAAAUUGCCGAUGCAGAGCAGAAGCUCAACGAGACUGUAAAAUAUGCAAAAGCCCUGAUGAAUACAGUCUCCUCUGUGGCCGACAGGAUGUUUCCUGCCAUCAGCUUCCUGGUGCUCUUGCUGUUUAUAGCCCUGCACGUAAAAAAAUACUGCAAUGACAUGAGAUACAAAAACAGUUUCAUCAGCUGCAAAUUUGUUCGUUUUGAUGAGAAGCAGAAGGCAGAAGGGAAGCCCCAUGUCCUCCCCCUCACACCGGAGGAGGAGAAGCUGUACACCUCCAUCCACUCCACCCGUCCCACCAGCAGAGAGGGGAAAGCGAUGCUGAAAUUUGGAAUCCCAGUUGUGUCCCAUUUUGUAGCUUGGGUCGUAUUUAUAACCGUGGAUGCCUUGUUGUACUGUUUUGUUGGCAUCGUAACAACAAAGUUAUCAGAACUGGAACCGUUCCAUGUCCCCUUGUUAAUGAGCAUCAAAGGGAUCGCAACUUUAAUUGGUAUACAAUUUGGUGAGGAAAACCACCAAGAAGACUUUUCCUACUCGGUGACCCUGUUUGAGAAGAAGUGCCUCCCCAAACCCGAGCUCCUGCUGUAUAACUCUGUAUUUCCACUGACUGCCAUCCUGCUCACUCUGCUCAUCAUGGCUCUGAUGGCCGCCAAAGUCUCUCACCUCCGGCUGAUGGUCUGUGAGCGAUUCUUCACCACCGCUGCAGAGGCGAGAGUGGAGUACCUGCACGGGAAAAUCCUGAGGAAGAGGUUAAAACUGAAGAAGGAGAAAAACACCGGCAGCUUCAUGACGCUUCUUGUUAAGCCACAUUUCUGGUGCCCGCUGCUCUUUCAACCCAAAGGGAAUCAACAAAUUACCGUGUGAGGAAAAUAUUCUUUGUUAGCAACACAACACCAGGAUUCUAGGGUUGACAAUGUCGGUGUUUUGGUAAGUUGGUUCACCAGACAGGCCUAGACUGACGAACAGCUAUAAGAUAGAGUUGAUUAAGCUAUACACAAGCAUUCAUGGUUCUCAGAGGACGAAAGUACCUUAAAUAAUAUGGAUUACUUUGACGUGUGGUCCACAUAUUUAUGGUGCCUAGACGAUGACUGAUUUUUGUAAUCAUCUGACUCUUUAUAUAUAUUUGAAGUUAUCUAGUGCAAUAGAUUGAAUUGUUUGCUCAUAUUAUUAGUUUUACAUUGAACUUGCAGUGUCUCCCCCUUCUGGCAGUGAGAGGAAUUACAGAAACACUGUCAACUUGUGUUUCUGAUGUAUGGUUCUCCAUCAAUCGCUUUCUUUUUCUGAUUAUAUUUUUUUCCUCUGAGCGGCAAACUUCUUUUUUUGUUGAUCAUCAGAAACUUCUCGGAUUUUUUCACAGUUUAUUUGGGAUAGGCUCCAUAGCCUGCUCUGUGUCUGUCGCUCUGUCAUCCUUCCUCAUGUCUGAAGUAAUGAUGCUAAUCACAUCUCUUCCAUUGCCAGAGCUGGGGCAUCAUCACACACUCCAGAUUUCAAACUCUGGUAUACGGUAAAAAAAAAUUGCUACCUGGCACCAAUAGGCUUAAUCAGCAUUGUGUGAACUCAUUUGGCGAUGGCUUCAAUGUAUCAGUCAUUUGUAUGUUAAACUGCAACACUCCAGCUUGAAGGUGAUUUAGGAGCUCAUGUGUUGCCACAGUUUGAUCAACUCUAAUGAAUCACAGUUGGAAUUAAACACACAUACUUCGUUCGUUUCAUUCGUUUCUUGUGUUGAAAAUGGGUCAUAUCAUUAUAACCUACACAUAAUAAAAUACCAAGAAACAAAGGGCCUCUGCUGUGGUUCCUAUAGUAUUCUUAAGCAAACUACUGAUGCAUACCUUAUCUUUAGCCAUUAUUGCAUUCUUUCAGACACAACAGACACUCUUUAUGCCAGAGUGACGCUAAAACAGAACUGAAAUAUCUCUGCAUCUCCCAACUAGACAAACAUUCAUGGUUCCCAGAAGAAAUAGAACUCCAUUACUGUUUAUUAAAAUGUACAUUUACCUUUUUAUUUUCUUGCACAUUUUACAUUUUAUGGUUAUGCUUUUCUAUUUAUGUUUACAUUUUUAGGACAUAUUUCUGGAAACACUACCGUUCAAAGUGUGGGGUCACCCAGACAAUUUCAUGUUUACAUGAAAACUCACACUUUUAUCCAUGUGCUAACAUAACUGCACAAGGGUUUUCUAAUCAUCAAUGAGCCUUUCAACACCAUUAGCUAACACAAUGUAGCAUUAGAACACAGGAGUGAUGGUUGCUGGAAAUGUUCCUCUGUACCUCUAUGGAGAUAUUCCAUUAAAAAUCAGCUGUUUCCAGCUACAACAGUUAUUUACAUUAACAAUGUCUACACUGGAUUUAUCAUUCAUUUAAUGUUGUCUUCAUUGAAAAAACUGCUUUUCUUUCAAAAAUAAGGACGUUUCUAAGGGACCCCAAACUUUUGAAUGGUAGUGUAUGUUAAUCUUAUAUAUUUUUUGUACUGCUUACAUUUCUAAAACCUAUCUGGUAAUGCUCUGACUUUGAUAGUGCUUCAGACGGAAACAUGUUGAUUUGGGAAAGACAUUAAUAUUAUUUGGAAUUAAAUAGAUGAAAUAAUUAAAAGUAAUAAAUGGGAGUAUAUCAGCAUGCCACCUAGAAACAGUACAUAAUAUACUUUAUCAGCAACGUUUGUUAGCAGGCUGAUGAAAACGGAGGUGAGUCUUUUUUUCCUGCUGCAUAUUGUUUCAUAGGCUUUGAAUAUUCUAAUAAUAAACA